GCUCGCCCUCUCCGUUUCACUCUUCUUACCUUUUCCGCUUCUCGGUCUGAAGCCCACCGGAAACGGACAGAGGUCGCCAGUCUCCGAUCGCAUCACCGAUGGGGGAUUUCAAUUUAGAAUUGCUCCAAAAGUUCAGGAAAUUCAAGACAGAAAAAUUUUCGGAGCAGGAUCGGAUUAGAGAGGAUCAGGAGAAUAAGUUUAAGAACUAUAUUUCAGUGUCUGAAGAGGUCAGCGAGUACUUGCAUUCCUCAAUUUGGGAGUUGAAAACGCAAGUCAAGGACUUGAAAAAAGAACUGGUUUCUCUUAGGGCCACGAAAGAUGACCAGUCUAAGGUUUACCAGAAGCGGUUACUGGAAGAGGAGCAGAAGGUGGAGGUGUUAAAGCUGCGUUUGAAAAUCGAAAAGGAGAGGACCCGAUCACAGGCUAAUGAAAUAGAUUCUCUUAGGGCUGCAAAGGAUGAGGAAAUCAUGGAAUGCCGGAAGCUUUUGAUGGAAGAGAAGCAGAAGAACAAAGAACUUUCUGAUGAAAACGAGAGACUCAAACAGCUGCAAGAGAAGCUAAUUUCUAGCAGAUUGAAGAAUACAAAAGAUGCACAACUGUGUAUUACUACUACUGGUGGUCAUGUCUCACGAGAAACAACCAAACACACAAAGAGAUCAGGGGGCAGAAAGAUAAAUAUCCCUCGAGCUUGAAGGUACUGGUAGAGGGGAUUAGGAUGCACAUCAUGAACCAACUCCACUAGUUAACAUUAUGCUUUUAUUUUGCACAGUUGAGACCUUUGGUAAAACUUGCAACCAUUCCAGGCUUUUGGCCAUGUCAGCAUGCCAGCUCACUGAUAGCUGCAUACCUGUCAGCUUGUAAUUUGCCAGGUGUAGGCCUUGAGCUGUUAUCAACUGUUAGUUUGUUAAGCUAGUAGUUAAAGCUGGGUUUGCACUUUUGUGUAGCUAUAUAUAGGGCAAACCUCCUAUUUAGUUCAUCUUAACAACUCGAUUAAUCGGAAUCCCAGUAGGAAUUUCCCUCUCUGUGACAUC